CUGUGUUUAAAGUUUAAACCUUCCAGUUCACACUCCACGGAGCCUAUAAAAAGGGGUUCUGGGAAGCACUAGAAAACUAACAAGAUGGAGGAGAAAGCUGGGAGCCAUGGCAGAAGGCCAACAAAGGGAGGGUUGGUCACAAUGCCUUUCAUUUUUGCAAACGAGGUUACUGAGAAGUUGGCUGUGGUCGGAUUUAAUACUAAUAUGAUUAGCUACUUAACAACACAGCUGCAUAUGCCAUUAACCAAAGCAGCUAACACCGUCACCAACUUCGGAGGAACUGCAAGUUUGACACCGCUGCUCGGAGCCUUCAUCGCCGAUUCAUUUGCCGGUCGGUUCUGGACUGUAACAGUUGCUUCCAUCAUAUACCAAAUAGGGAUGAUAAGCCUAACACUCUCAGCAGUACUCCCACAACUAAGGCCACCGUCGUGUAAAGGAGAUGAAGUUUGCCAAGAAGCUGAUGCAGGACAGGUGGCUAUCCUUUACGCAUCUCUCCUACUAGGAGCCAUAGGAUCGGGGGGGAUCCGACCCUGUGUGGUGGCAUUCGGGGCAGACCAGUUCGAUGAAACGGAUCCUAAGCAAAAAACCAAUACAUGGAACUAUUUCAACUGGUACUAUUUUGUCAUGGGGUUAUCCAUGCUAGUGGCUGUGACAGUGCUUGUUUAUGUUCAGGAUAACAUUGGAUGGGGUUGGGGCCUUGGAAUUCCAACCGUUCUUAUGUUCUUGUCGAUCGUUGCUUUUAUUUUCGGGUACCCACUUUACCGGAACUUGGAUCCGGCUGGGAGUCCAUUUACCCGGUUGGUACAAGUGUUAGUGGCUGCGUACAGGAAGAGAAAAUUGCCUGUGGUUUCUGAUCCCAAGUUACUAUACCAAAACGACGAGCUUGAUGCCUCCAUUUCCAUGGGUGGGAAGCUUCUUCACUCUAAGCAGAUGAAGUUUCUUGACAAAGCAGCCAUAGUGACCGAAGAAGACAAUAAGCACCUCAAAUCUGGGCAAGCACCAAAGUUAUGGAGGCUGAACACCGUUCAUCGAGUGGAAGAACUAAAAUCAGUGAUCCGAAUGGGGCCAAUAUGGGCUGCAGGGAUCCUCCUCUUCACAGCCUACGCACAACAAAACACAUUCUCACUCCAACAAGCCAAAACCAUGAACAGGCACCUCACAAACUCCUUCCAAAUCCCCGCCGGCUCCAUGACUGUCUUCGCCAUGCUCGCCAUGCUCUCCACAAUCGCGCUUUACGACCGCGCUUUAAUUCCAGUAGCCCGCAGGUUCUCCGGGCUUGACCGGGGCAUCAGCUUCUUGCACCGGAUGGGAAUCGGCUUUGUCAUCUCGAUACUAGCCACUCUAGUUGCCGGGUUCGUGGAAGUGAAGCGGAAAAACGCAGCUUUAGCAAGCGGGCUCAUUGAUCAGCCGCAUUCCACCAUCCCCAUAUCAGUCUUUUGGCUUGUUCCGCAGUAUAGCCUUCAUGGGAUUGCUGAAGCCUUCAUGUCGAUCGGACAUCUCGAGUUUUUCUACGACCAGGCACCAGAAAGCAUGCGGAGCAGUGCCAUGGCACUGUUCUGGUUGGCAAUUUCAUUUGGGAAUUAUUUCAGCUCGCUGCUUGUUUCCUUGGUUCACAGGUUUAGUGCUAAGCCAGACGGAUCAAACUGGCUUAGGAAUGACAAUUUAAGCAAGGGGAAGUUGGAGUACUUCUACUGGUUGCUCACAUUGCUGCAAGUCGCUAAUCUUUUUUACUACUCAUGUUGCGCCAAAAUGUAUACAUAUAAGCCUCUCGAGAUCCAGAAAAAGGAAGGUGGUAGCUCUGAAGAAGAUGGAGUGGAGCUCGAAGAUCGGGUUUGAUUAGUUGCAGCUUUAGGCAUAGUUGGAUUAAUAUUGCCCCUGUUUUGCAGUGUCAUUUCUUCGAAAUGAAGAUACUUGUACAGAAAAAUGAGGGUUAUAACUAUAAUUAUAUGUAGUUUGAAUAAUGGGAAUGUCAAAUAACCAAUAAAGGAUAGAUUGAAAGAAAA